AUGAAGGGUUAUCUGGUGAGCUGCAGCAUUCCAAAGAGCAAGCAGAAACGGCAAAUCCUUUGCCUCGCGUGCGUCGCCAAGCUCAUGGGCCAGCUGAAGGUCGGCGCCGAUUCACGGAGCUUGACACUCUGCGACCGCGGGCACAACCAGCAAGAUGCGCUGCUCUUUGAGCGCCGGGCCUCGGGGAGCUGGAAGCAAACGCUGGAGCUGACGAACGAGCUGCUUGAGGCUGUUGUGAUCUCAAACGAAAGCACCGUGAGCAGGAAGAAGCCGAAAAAGGCUGCAGCUGAGAGCGCACUGAACAGGGGCAUGCAAGCCGGCAGCCGCGCGCGCGAGAUGCUGCCUGAGGCCCACCUCGGUAUCGCCGCCCAAGCAACCCUCUUCCUGACCGGCAUCCUGGAUGGCACGUGCCGCAUAGUCGUACCCGCUGGAGUGGACGCGUGUGGGCCUCCCAUGCGCCUUUACAUGACGUAUUGGGAUCACAACCGCGGGAGGCCAAAAGCCCUCGGGAAGCCAAGCAAAGAGAAGGCGCUGCUGGAGGAAUGCUGCAAGCUGGUGGGCCGGGACUUCCAAGCGCUCGGCGAGCUCGGGAUGCUGAGCGCGCCGUGCCCUCUGGAACCGCCUCCCUGCGGUGGUGAGUGGGUGGAGCUCUGGCAGGACGCGGUAGUGCACGCUUCCACCUGGAGCCAGGCCGUGCGCACCAGAAUCUACUCGUGCAAGUGCCCCAGGAAGCACACCGUCCACUUCGACGGGGAGCACUUGGGGCUGUACGUCUGGAGCCGCCAGACGAUCGUUGUACAGGAGAGCCUCCAGUUGCUGCUCAAGCAGAUGCAGAGGGGCCAGUCGGGAUUCGGGGCGCUGCUGGAGGGACAGCAAGAGGCAUUCCGGAGGGCUCCAGAGUGCGCCGUACUAUCCGAGGAGACGUGGCGGAAGGCCAGCCUCGACUUCUUCCGGCUGGUGGGCCGGCAGAUCCUGGAGUGCUGUAGCAUAUGCGGUCCGCAUCCGGAGGUCUUGCUAUGCGAUGGGAUCGUGGGAAUCACCAACUCCGAUGGCGGGAAGCGCCCCGGAGGGCUGGGGUCGACCUCGCACGACUUCCGCAGACCAUUCACGCAUCCGAGCCGGUCGGCAGACGGCACUGCACUCGAGAAGCAGUCGGUUGCGGGGCGGGACUACUGCGCUGCAGGACUGGAGGGCGGGGGCAUGAAGCGGCGCCUGGUGUUGCAACCGGAGCUGAGGGAGCUGAUCGCGCGCGUCUCCAGGCAUCGACCCGAGAGCGAGAAGCUCGGCCAGCGGUUGAGCGAAGCCGAGUUCCUGGGCCUGAAGGAGGCCCUCGGCAGGGAGGACGUGCUGCUCGUGACCCGCUUCGUUCCGGGGGAUGGAGAGGGUCCAGUGCCUGCAGACACUAGGCGUCGCCUCUUGGUCGAGCAGCGCCAGAUGGUUCGGGGCAAGAAUCGGGCGAUGCACUGCGGUUGCUGGAGGGGAUCGAGCUCGAGCAAGCGGCUAGAGCGACGGGGCUUGCCGCGAUACACGUCCUUCGAGCACGAGGACGGGCGCAGCAGGACGUCGGAGGAGUUCAAAUGCGCUACCGGGCAGACGGUGGGCGAGUGGGACGCCGCAAACGUCCCCGGGCUGGUCAAGGGGGGGAGCAAGUCGACGAAGAAGGGCAAGCGCCCCCACCGCAGCCGGGGUGCUUUCCUCUUCUGUUGUCCGCACCGGGUCAUCUCGGGCUUCCACUUCUUCCUCCGGGGGGAGAGCCCCCGCGAUGCGUUCGCGGUUUUGUACACGCGCAAGGACCGGGAGGAUCUCCCAAAAUUCGUUGUUUAUGACAACGCAUGCCAGCUGAGGAACUACUGCAUGCGCCGCGAGCCGGCGUUCUUCUCCGAUGUCACCUUCGUCGUUGACAGGUUUCAUUAUGCGAAAGCCGGGGCAGAGGUGCACAAGUGCGGCCCGAGCAACGCCACCGAGUACUACGACGCCCUCCGAUGGGUCAACACCUCUGCCGUUGAGAGCGUGAACAGCUUUCUAAAGAAGUUCCGGGUGCUUGGGUGGUACUCUGGGCUCCAGAGUCUAAUGGUCUUCCUCCCAAUCCUGCUGAGCGGCUUCAACCUCGACCUGAGCAGGGUAGACGACGCCAAGUUGUCCAUAGCCGUGCCGGCGAGGCUGUGGAGCGAGGCCUUUAGGGCAGUGCUCUUAGGGAGGUAG